UGAAUAAAUGCGCAGCCGGCAGAAGGGAGGACGUGAACGCAGCGCAGCGUAACCUGGUUCCCUUCCGCCGUCUGGAUGUGCAGAGAGCCGUCUGAUAUCGCUGGGAGGAAAAUGUCCUGUGGGCUGUGGAAAGAGACCCUGACUGUGGCGGAGGAUUACAUGUCCCUGUGCUGCAAAAGCCCACAGCAAGCCCCCCCGCCUCCCAGCGAGCCGGCCGCGGCCAUGCGGCACCUGGCCCAGGAGAUGGAGCGGCAGCACCAGGCCCGCUUCCACUCCCUGACGCAGAGCUUCCUGAAGCAGUGCGGGCCGGACCCCUGCUCCAGCCUCAGGAAUGUGAUGGAGGAGAUGGUGGGAGAUGGACAUUUGAACUGGGGGAGGGUUGUUUCCCUUUUCGCCUUCACUGGCGUGCUGGUCAGACAGCUGGAGGAGCAGAAGGGCUCCAAGCCGGGGCUGGACCCAGGGCGGGAACUGGUAUGCGGGCCUGUGAAUUGCAGAGCCCUGGCGGAGACCAUAGCUGAUUACCUGGGAGAUGACAAGAAAGACUGGUUGUUGGAGAAUGAUGGAUGGGAAGGGUUCUGUAAGUUCUCCCUCAGCGCCAGAGAGGUGGGUCAGGACUCAUCCAUGAAGACGGCGCUGUUUGCUGCUGCUGGCGUCGGCAUCGCCGGACUCACCUUCCUGCUGGUGCGCUAGCCGGCCUCCUACGUCCUUAAACACGUCCUUAAUCCAGUUCUCAUUUUGACACAAUGGGUAGGUUUUUUAAUUCUAACAUCAAGCGCUGCAAAUCAGGCUUAAUCUGUAGUGAAUUCAGGGUUUGUGAUCUCAUGUCGUCAAUAUUUGCACAUACUUGGACCCCCAGCAAGCAUUAAUACUGACAUUCUGUCACUUGCUCCUGAAGAUUGUAAAAGCAAUGUGAAUGCCUUGAGAAAUAUUGGAGUGACUGACGUUACGUUUGCAUAUCUUUGGUUAAGUACUGAAGCACAGGACUCUGUUCUGGGAAAACUUUGCUCUCAAAGUUUUUUCUUUUUGGUUUGUGUCGCUAAAAUAUUUCAUUUAAAGAAAAACUCCCACAAAUUUGGUUUUAGACUUUUAAAAUGAUUAGCCGCCUUUUGUUGUGUUUACCUGAGUUGUGGAAAAUGCAUUCUAGUGUAUAAUGUAUAAAUUAAUAUAUUAUAUUUAUAUUAAAUGAAACCUUAAGCAGUGGCCAUUUUCUAACUGACCCACAGCUAAUUCUAUUGUUUCCAAGUUUGUCCUGCAUUUUUCUUUUCUUUUCUUUUUUUAAAUAAAUGUAAAAUGUCUGUGAUUUACAAGGUCAGCAGAGCUGUGCAGUGACCACACAAUGGUGCUAUAAUAUGUGGUUAAAAUAUUUCAUAUCAACCUACCAAACCAGGGACCAAUCUGACAAAUUUGCAUUACAACAAAAUGUUUGUAUGGCAACCCCCUCGCCCUUUCUCCCCCCCCCAAAAAAAUCUAAGCAUUAUAUUUUUACAUUAUUUUGUUCUAUUUAUUUCUCACUGUUUUGUAAUAAAAGAAAUAAUCGUC